GCUGAUUUUUGCUUUGACGGGAGCCGUUAUUUCCCGCCACCUGCUUUGGCCGCUACCCGCCAAGAUAGUGAUGUAGUAGUAGGGUCCGCAGUCCGCACAACUUCACACCGGUUUCAAUGGCUCUCCUUCGCCUUCGCGUACUUCAAGCCCCCGUAGCAGAAGAUAUUCAUCUGGUUCUCCUUCUCUUCCUCUCUCUCGACUAUGGCUCUCUUAACUUUGAUUUCUUCUGCUCCGAGCUCGUUCUCCCUCUCUCUCCAUCGUCCCCCUCGCACGAUCAGACGCUUCUCACUCCCGAUCGCUUCCCUUAGUUCAUCAUCGCCAUCAUCAUCUCCGGAGUAUAAUCCCAGUGAAAGCGUCCCUUUCUCGACUUCUCUGGGCAAGAAGCCUUUUGUUGAACCCACUAGGCCACCGGAUUCCAGCUUCAACUAUGCGGUGGUAAAUCCGAAUAGUAACCCUGUUGUUCGACUUUCUCGCUCCACUGAGUCUACCAUCGAGAGGGUAAUUUUUGACUUCCGCUUCUUGGCACUUUUGGCUAUUGGAGGUUCAUUGGCUGGGUCCUUGUUGUGCUUUCUCAAUGGUUGUGUUUACAUUGUUGAUGCAUAUAAGGUUUAUUGGACAUGCUGUCUCAAAGGGGUUCACACAGGGCAGAUGGUUCUACGAUUAGUUGAAGCUAUUGGUUAGAUUCCCAACUUCACUUU